AUUCCAACAUUCCGCGGUCGGAUCCUUCCAUCACAAUGACGACAAGUCGAGCAUUCGUGCAAAACAACAAGGUCGGUAAUUCCGACGCUCCAUCAGCAAACGUUGGCUCUCUGUAGGGGGGAUUGUUGCGUUCAGGUGCUCGCGUGCACGGUGUUGCCUUCACGUGCCUACACGCAGCAACGCUGAUUAUGGAUAUUAUCGCGGAGCCGUCGCGAUUAUUGUUAUUGUUUUUCACAUUAUGUAACGUGCUUGGCGAUGGCGUGCGCGUUCACGUACGCCAGGCGGGCGUGCACGCGCCGUUUUAGAAUUUUGCAUUUCAUUGCAUUGUGUGUCCAAUAAAAUGCCAAACAUUUGGAAUUGACAUUAGGAACGAUACUGGUACGCGUUUUCAAAUUAAUAGCACUCGAAAAUUAAAAAUAUAUCCAUAUCAUUUGAAAGUUGCGUGAUUUAAAUGAACAAAGAUAGAAUGUAAUUACAACAAAUAUUUCAUUGUUUAUUCAUUCCCUCAAUUAUCAUAUUUAUAUAUCUAUGUCAUGAAUUUCAAUGGAUCCUUGGAUGUGUGUGGAUGAUGUUUAUGAAAGCGCCGCGAAAAGCCGCACGCCAAAAAUGCGAUAUUGGCGUCGCGACCGCAGAAAGGGGAUCCGCGGGUGUUCCGUGGCGCCAAUCCCGAGAAGCAGGCGUCCGCUAUAAAUACUUUUCGGAUUGCGCUGGUACGCGCGUGCCGCUGCCUAUUCCGCAUUUCCAAACUUGUCAUAUGCGCAAUAAGUUGGGCCCACGUUUGGAAUGUGUUCCUUCAUGUUUCUACAUGAUGAGAAAAAAAAAAACAGCAUUCCUGAAAAAUCGUUCACUGCGGGGCACCACAAAUUUGCGACUCGUGAGCUGAAUAUUAAUGCUCGGACGUUGUUUUAUUGGCCAUACUGUGAAGUGACCUUUUCAGGGGUGCGCCAACUCUUGACAGGCUGUUAAAGGGGGGUGCGCACCCCUUUAGAAAAGUCCUUUCAUAGCCGACGAAGGCCUGAUGCGGAAUCACGCUCAUAAUGAUGUCAAACAAUAUUAUUAUUGUUACGAUAUGUGGUGAAAAUGGCCUUCCUUGCGCAACAGGAAGAAAUGGAUGUGACGCGGGCGGGGAUCCAUCGCGGCUCUUCCUGUUAUUGCUAUGAAGGAAAUGGAGGUCUUGUUGAAGGCGGUCCUCUGGGGUCUUUCCCCUCCCUCCUCCUGUUUUCACAAGCCGGCACCACGGCCCCCUUGUACAUGAUAGAGAGUGGGGCGCAAUUACGCCGUCGUGUCUUCUCCCCGGUCACUAAAUCUCACGACGCCGGAGAACAACCGGCCCAGCGACUUCUGACGGAUCGAUUCAUCACGCCUAUCUGGACGUCGCUGUGAAAAGCGGCCCGUGUUGGAUGUGAAUGAAUCGUUUUGAAAAAUACGCAACGGGCAUGUAAAGACAAGCUUAAUAGUCGCACAUCAGCCCGGUUAGGCCAACGACCCAUCUGGACGGAAUUAAUCGCGUUGCCAUCUGGUCCGGCGCGUUCUCCAAGACCUGCAACACGCCAGAAGCUGGAGCGGCCAGAGAGUUCGUUAAAAAGCCCCAAUUUGCUUUGCCGCUGCUCGACGGUGCGGCAAAGCUGUCAAAUGGCAACUCAUCGCACCGUCGUCCGGAUGAUGAAUCCGUUCAUCGAUUAGUCUGUUUUUCAGGCAAAACAAUUUUUUGGUGAAAAAAAAACGUACGUUCGUAGACGAGGGGCACGUCUAGAUUUCUCUGAUUGAGAUCUCAGUUUCCUCCGAUUUUCUUUGUUUACUAUUCCUACAGCAACCCGUUUAGGCAAAAAAGAAAAAUACCUGGGCGUGAAUUUUUUCACCAAAGCCAACGGGUCGAGUCCGUCCGUCAGACACUCAACAUCACCUCACUGAGCUGACAGUUGGAGCGAGCCCUUUUAAUUCUUUGCCCGCGAUAAAUCUUGUGUAUAUCUGUCAUGAGCGGGGCUGGAGCACUGCCAGGAGGGGCGUGGCCCGGUCGCCGCUCUGGGCGGGGCCACCUCUGGCGCUCGUCACAGCUUUUGAGAAUUGAUCAUGUAUUUCUGUUGGAGUUUUCGUCACGCACAUUUGCUAGUUUAUUGAGUUUGCGCCGGGUCACCCACUGGACAUUAUGCCUUUGCCUCGGAGUCCCAGAUUUCGGAGGUUCGUGACAAUAUCGAGGCGUAGCCUGGCAACGUGCCACUCUUGUCUUUGGCCGCCAGAUGUCGCCCGGGCCAUUGAGCUGCUGGAGAAGCUGCAGGAGUCGGGCGACGUUCCCGGUUACAAGCUGCAGUCGCUGAAGAAGGUCCUCCAGAGCGAGUUCUGCACCGCCAUCCGUGAGGUCUACCAGUACAUGCACGAAACCAUCAACGUCAACGGCUGCCCCGAGUACCAGGCCAGAGCCACGGCCAAGGCCACCGUGGCCGCCUUCGCCGCCAGCGAGGGCCACUCCCACCCGCGGGUGGUGGAGCUCCCCAAGACGGAGGAAGGCCUGGGCUUCAACGUGAUGGGCGGCAAGGAGCAGAACUCGCCCAUCUACAUCUCCCGCAUCAUUCCCGGCGGGGUGGCCGAGCGCCGCGGCGGUCUCAAAAGAGGCGACCAGCUCCUGUCCGUCAAUGGCGUGAGCGUGGAGGGCGAGCACCACGAGAAGGCGGUGGAGCUGCUGAAGGCGGCCAAGGACAGCGUCAAGCUGGUGGUGCGCUACACGCCCAAGGUGCUGGAGGAGAUGGAGGCGCGCUUCGAGAAGCUGCGCACCGCCCGCCGCCGCCAGCAGCAGCAGCUGCUCAUGCAGCAGCAGCAGCAGCAGCAGCAGCACAACUUGUCCGCUCAGCAGAACCACACGUCGUUGUUCCAGAAGAAGAAGAAAUGAAGGCCGACGCGACGUCCGCCGGAUCUCCGGGAAGCGCGAGCCAACGCCAAGCUCCCGGAGUGACGACCCUUGCGACGUUCCGCGCCGAAAAACCAGCGCCAGCGUUUUGUCCAGAAUUUGGUGCUUUUUGGACAAAAAGGAACACGACGGAUCCCGACGUCCUUGUUUAACCUUUUCGUGUCCUCUUGAUUGUCUUUCUUUCCACCGGCCCAUCUGUUUUUUUUCGUUUUUUGUCUUUUUUUUUGUCCCACCAUGCCUCGGUCCUCACGGUGCUCGUGCCGGAACGUUAUUUUUAAGGAAAAUACUGUUCGGAAUGGUCGCAAAGGACUCGUUUCGUAUCUAGUAGCUUGAGCAAUAAACACGCAGGCAGGCACGUUAUUGUCGAUCACAUUCAUCAUUUGGAUGAUCAAGUAUAACUCACCCGGUAAAGUGUAUAAAUAAUGACCUAAAAUGAUGGGCAACAAAAUGGUAAUGUUUCGUAUUUCCUCCCAAAUGUAUUAGAUUUGUAACGCUUUUUGAUGGUUAUCAUUGUGCAAUAUUUCCCCAUUAGACGAGCAGAAUGUCAGUCACUUCCGACCCAAAUGAACCAGAUUUAUCUUUAUUUGACAUAGUUUAUUGUAUUUAAGAUCGGAGUUUUAUUGUUCUCUUUUGUGUAUAUGCGGAACGACGACUCUUGAAGGUCUUCACGUUGUGCAGAUGAUGUGGCCGUUGAUAUUUUGACAAUCAUUGCUGGUGAAAAUGUGGAAUGUUCAUUGAUGGAUAUAAUAAUCCAGUGUUCCUCCUUUUGUGCGUGAACACCCCAUUUUGUGCAUGUGUCUUUAUUAUUUCUUUACUUAUUAUUUUGUCCUUUAUCCAUCUCAAACUGAGCCCCCACCACCACCACCCCCCAAAAAACUUUAUGAAUUUACACUUUAUCGUCGCAUUUUAUAACAUCAGUGAGUGAUCGCUUCAUUUAUAGUGCAAGAUGUGCCACACUGCCAGAUUUGUACCAGUCAUAAAUAAUACAUUUUUGGGGGGGGGGCGGGGGGUGUCAUAUUGCAUUUUCUACUUUGCAGUCAUUGAAAUAAUUUUAGAAAAGGACAUUGUUGAUAUGCAAUUGUUAUACAUACUAUAUUUGUAUAAAUAAAUA